AUGGAGAUCAAGGAUAUGAAGGAACUCAAAUGGCCUGUCAGAAUGAGGUCACCACCCGAAUCCAGGGACAUGAACAAGUGCUGUGAGUUCCAUCGGGAUCAUGGGCAUACCACGGAGAACUGUAAGGCCCUACAACGGGAGAUUGAAGCCUUUAUUGAAAGAGGAUUCCUGAGUUCCUACGUUGGUAACGACAAAUGUCCGAGGAACGAUCGUGGUAGGGAAAGAGCCCCUGAGGCAAAAAGGAAUGGUCAACCCACUUUUGGAACCAUCAAUAUCAUCAUUAGGGGUAUUACCUCGGGAGGAGACUCCAACAGUGGAAGAAAACAAUAUGCCCGACAAUAUGCCUUGGCCUCUGGGACGCCUCAUGGAAAGCUGGAUGAUAUUACUUUUGGGACCGGAGACUUAGAAGGUGUAUCACUUCCACAUGAUGACACCUUGGUCAUCUCAGCAAUUGUGGCCAAUUUUGAACAGCUCAAAGCGGUUAAAACUCCUCUCCAGGGGUUUGGGGGAGGAGUCAUCACUCCAGAGGGUGUCGUCGAGCUUCCUCUAACUUUGGGUUCUGGCCAGAAAUAG